AUGGCUUCUAGUUCUGGUUCUAUCUCCCUAGUCGCUUCAAUGGCCACAGAAAUCUGCACCCAAAUAGCCUCCAUAUUCUCAAAGCCCACCCAUCCAUACCCGCCCCCACUGGACCUUUUGGUCACCGAGCUUGCUUCUGUUACCUCCAAAAACGGCCGCGUUUUCCUUUACGGCGUGGGCCGCGAGGGCCUCAUGCUCAAGGCCCUCUGCAUGCGCCUCUUCCACCUGGGCCUCUCGGCCCAUUUCGUCUUUGACAUGACCACUCCACCCAUCGCCGCCGCCGACCUCCUCAUCGCCUCCGCAGGCCCAGGCGGCUUCUCCACCGUCGACGCCCUCUGCGCAGUGGCGCGCUCCCACGGCGGAAGGGUGCUGCUCCUCACGGCCCAGCCCGAGACCGGGUCGUGCGUGAAACACGCUAACGUUGUUGCUUACGUGGCAGCCCAGACCAUGGCCGAUGAUGCGGACGUAACAGGGGAUGCGAAAUCUCGACCGUUGCUUCCGAUGGGAAGUGUGUACGAAGGGGCUUUGUUUGUUCUGUUCGAGAUGGUUGUUUACAAGUUGGGUGAGUCCUUGGGUGAGAGCCCUGAAGCCGUUCGAUCUCGCCACACUAAUCUAGAAUGA